GAGUACGGGAAUGCGUCCGCGGCCGUCAACCACACCUUGUCAGGGUAGCUUGCUCGCGAGGGCACACACGGCAGACACACACCCUCUCGCCGUUAACCCCGAGCAACACCCUCUCGAAGAGUCGUCGUGUGCGUUGGACUCGUUUCGCUUUCGUCGCGGUCUGCCUGUUGCUAGACGCUUGGGGAUUCGUCGGGGAGCUGCGAUCGAAGACGAAAAGUUGACGAGGGUCUAACGAAAAUGGACGUAAAUGGGCGAGUUGCCCUGGUGACGGGUGCCGCUUCCGGUAUCGGAAAAUCGUGUGCUAUAGAAUUGUUAAACCAAGGCGCGAAGGUGUCUGUGUGCGACACCGACUUAGACGGAGGCGAGAAACUGGUGGAAGCCUUGUCAACGGAGCAUGGAAAGGAUUAUGUAAUUUUCUGUCAGUGCGACGUCACCGAUUAUUCACAAUUCGAGGAGUCGUUUCAAACGACAAUCGCGACCUUCGGUCACAUCGACAUCGUCAUCAACAAUGCUGCGAUCAUGAACGAUCGGUUUUGGGAGCUGGAAGUCGACAUCAACGUCAACGGCGUGAUCCGCGGAACUUUGCUGGCUCAGCGAUUUAUGGGAACCGACAGGGGUGGUCGCGGUGGGAUCGUGGUUAAUAUCGGAAGCGAUGUCAGCAUCAAUCCCUACGCCAGUGUUCCAAUAUAUUCCGCCACUAAAGCAGCCAUCGUCAAUUUCACCAGAGCGUUCGGGCAUCAGUACCACGUGGACUUAAGCGGCGUGAAAGUCAUGGCGUUGUGCCCAAGCGAAAGUAAAUUGGUACGGGACGUCAGAAAAAAGCUGCUCUGGGCUCGAUACGAGGACGCCUGGCGUCGUGACGUAGCCAGCUCGGUUCCACAAGGGCCAGAGCAUGUGGCGAAGGCACUGCUCCACAUCCUGAACACUGGCAAAAGCGGAAGCAUUUGGAUGAUCGAGGAGGAUCAGCCACCGCACGAGAUCAAUUUCCCGAAAUACCAACCGAGUUUCUUCUCCCUCAGAGGUCUGACGAAACUCAAAUCAUGCCAGUUUCACGUGACCAGCACGAUGCGAAAGAAGAAGAAGAAGAAGAAAAAGGAGCCGGAAGGCCCCAAAAUCAUAAAACCCUACGACUGCGGUGAUUCGCCUAAACCAAUUCUGGAUCCUUCGUGCAAAGUGGCCAUCGUGAUAGGCGGUUCCGAUGGUUUUGGUUUUGCGGCUGCUGAUCAUCUAUUGUGUAAAGGGGCACGAGGUGUCGUGAUCGCGGAUAAUGACGUCGAUCAAGGUCGAAUGGCGGCGCAGAGGCUCUGCAAUUCCUAUGGAAAGAAUCGCGUGCAAUUUUUCGAAUACGACGCGAACAAUCCUUGCCAAUUGGAAGCUACUUUGAGUCAGGCACAUUGCAAGUACAAGCAGAUACACAUACUUUUCAAUGAUUCCGACAAGGAACGGUUUCCAUCGGAAUGCAACGCCACGAGGAAGAAGGAGAACUACAUAUCCAAAGCUACCAGGGCGGGCCUGAAAAUUUUGGGGAAGAACCAUGGCGGUCCUGGAGGGAUAAUAGUGAACUGCGCGAGUAUUCUCGGAUUCAUGGGCUGGCCGAAGGAUCCGUUCCCUGUUUACUGCAAGAAGGAACCAGCUAUAGAAGUCACGAUGGAUUUCGCGGAGAAGUUCAGUGUGGAGGAAACUGGAGUGCGUUUCGUCGCCCUUUGCCCGACUAAUAAACAAUUCUGCGAUAUAGGACUACCAGAUUUCCCAGACCCAAUCCCUCGCGAUCGACUCAGAGACAUGCCACCUUGUAUACCAACCCCGAAAGGUCAAAUCAGGUCAGCUUUGGGCCACGUAAUAGCGUGGGCGAAAAGCGGAAGCACGUGGGUGGUCGAACCGGCGAUCAGCGUUCACGAAAUCCCUCGAUUGAUUCAUUUCCCUCUGAAGGAAGGCGAGAAAAUCGAUCCGAAAAUCUAUGGAAGUCAAAUCAAAAUUUGUAGCGUCAUCUGUGUCACUGUUUCAAUUGAAUUUUAUCUGUCAACGAAGAUGAAAGUGAAAGACAAGACUGUGGUAAUCACUGGUGGAGCGAAUGGUAUCGGCUUUAAUACCGUUAAGGAACUGUUACGUUACAAUGCCAAGUGUGUGGCCAUCUUGGAUUUGCCAAAUUCGAACGCAGAAGACGCGGUUAAGGAGUUGGAGAAACAAUUUGGCAAUAAUCGCGCUAUUUUCUUCGUCUGUGACGUCACGAGCCAAGCUCUAGUCAAUUCUGCCUUUAAAGAGGUGGUUGAAAAACUUGGACAUAUUGACAUUCUGAUUAACAAUGCAGGAAUUGCGGAUGAGUUGAAAUGGGAAACCAUGAUCAACGUUAAUGUUAUUGGGGUCGUUCGCACGACUCUCGCUGGCAUCGAGUCGAUGAGCAAACAUAACGGCGGCAAGGGUGGUACAAUCGUGAACAUUUCGUCUGUAGCUGGUCUCUCACCUACGCGUUUCAUACCCAUGUAUUGUGCAACCAAGUAUGCUAUCGUUGGAUUCACUACCAGUCUUAAGUCCAGCUACAAUAAAACUGGUAUUCGCAUGCUGCUGAUGUGUCCAAGCAUGACCAACACUGCAAUGACUAGAAACACCCAUAGAGCGGGCCUCCUGUCUUUCGUCGACAAAGAAGGAAUCAACGAGCAGCUGAAAACGACUACCUGGCAAUCAGCCGAGCACGUGGCCAAGGGGAUAGUCGAAUUAAUUGAAAAAGGAGAAAAUGGCGCGGUCUGUGUCGUCCAAAACGGGGCGCCACCCUAUCUCGUCAACAUACCAUCGGCCUAUGAACUGGAGAAACUUAAAUUGUAAAAUACUAUCAUACAUUAUAAUACGUUUAAAAUAAAAUGUGACCUCCAUAUA